AUGAAAAACAUCUACAUCAUUGGAGCGCAAUCUACAGGCAAGAGCACCCUAGUCAACGCUCUAGAGGGUUGCUUCGGAGAAAGCGGGAAUGGGAUUAACACCCAGCGUCCGCUAAUCAUACGCGAGGUGGCGCGGAAAGUUCUGAAGAAGUAUAAUUUCAAGCGCGAGGACAUCGCGACACUACCAAUACGCGCGCUUCAACUCCAGCAAAGAAUUCUCGCUGCUCAGUAUGAUGCUGAAACUACGGCAUGCCCUGCGGGUGCAUCUACUUGGUACAUAUGCGAUCGAUCCGGACUGGACCCUAUUGUGUAUGCGAAAUGCCUCGUUGGAGAGCAUGCGGCAGCGGAAAUGCUGGCCUCUGAGUCUUGGCGAGAGCUCGAAGACCGAAUGAAAGAGAGCAUUGUAAUAUUAUGUGAAGCGGGCUGUCAAUGGCUAAAAGAUGAUGGAGUACGGCUAAUGCCAAAGGACGAAGGGGAGUGGAUGCGCAUCGACGCUGCAUUUCGUGACCUGCUAAGAAUACGCGGUAUCGAUUUUUCUGUCAUACCCAAGGACAUUGCAAAUCUUGAGGAGCGUGUAGGUUCGACAGGCUUUGUGGGAGAUGAGUGA